UAAGUAUUAAGAAGCGGUUAAAGUUUUGCUUAUUGUGUGCGCGUAUUUAUGUACUUUUGUGAGUCGACUCGUAGUUUUUUUCUUUUAGCUUUUGAGAAACAAAAUACAGGCAAACAAACAAAGGAGAAUUCCUUCUCCCACCACUACCACCACCUCCAUUUACCCAUUUCUCUCUCAUCUCCUCACACCUUUCAUGGAAUCAAGGUUGAAGAGAAGAAAGAGAAAUUUAGGGUUACCAAAUUCAACUCAGUCUAAUUCUUAAAAGCACCUCUAAUCUUUUUGUGCACCAAAUUAGGGUUUAAUUUUUGGGUUAAGAGUGUGAUUUAUAAAGAGAUGGAGAGUUGUAGUAGUGGCAGUAGUAGUGGUAGUAUGAAUGGGGGUGGUUAUAAUAAUAAGAAAGGGGGAAAGAGUAGCAAUGGUGGUGGAAGUUAUGGGUUUAAUUUUAGAGUAUGGAUAUUUCGAUUGAGUACAAGUAUUUUGGUAUGGACAGGAAUUAUACAGCUUACUUCAAUGGUUGAACUUUGGCAUCCACAUUUACCGAAAGGAUGGCCUACUGCAUGUAUUGAUCGUCCUCUGCAUACAUCUGAUGAUAUUAAGAAUUCAACCAACUUCUCAAUUGUUUCUGAACAUCAAUUCUCUCCUCAUUCUCCUCCUUCCCUUCUCCCCAAUCGUAUAUACAAAAGUAAUGGUUACCUAAGAGUAUCUUGCAAUGGUGGACUGAACCAAAUGCGAGCUGCGAUCUGUGAUAUGGUUACUGUUGCUCGUUACCUUAACCUGACUUUACUAGUUCCGGAGCUAGAUAAAACUUCAUUUUGGGCUGAUCCGAGUGAUUUCAAGGAUAUAUUCAAUGUCAAGCACUUCGUAAACUCAUUAAGAGAUGAAGUCCGCAUAGUCAAAUCGCUUCCGAAAAAGUUUAACCGGAAAACCCGCAGCACCAUGUACUCAAUGCCUCCUGUAAGCUGGUCUACUGAAAAAUACUACACCAAACAGAUCUUGCCACUUUUCCGCAGACACAAAGUCAUCCAUUUUAACAAAACGGAUGCUCGCCUGGCAAAUAACGGUCUCCCUCUUGAACUACAGAAGCUACGUUGCCGAGUUAAUUAUCAGGCAUUGAGGUUUACUCCUCAGCUUGAGGCCUUAGGUAAUAAGCUCAUUUCAAUUCUGAAGAAGAGUGGAGUCUUUGUUGUUCUGCAUCUGAGAUACGAAAUGGAUAUGCUGGCUUUUUCUGGCUGUACUCAUGGAUGCUCUGUUAAAGAGACAGAAGAGCUCACAGAAAUGAGGUAUGCAUAUCCUUGGUGGAAGGAGAAAGAGAUAGUGUCGGAAAAGAAGAGACUUGAAGGUCUCUGUCCUCUUACACCAGAGGAAAUUGCUUUGGUCCUGCAAGCAUUGGGUUUUGCAAGGAGUACUCGAAUAUAUAUUGCUUCAGGUGAAAUUUAUGGUGGUGAAAGAAGGUUGGCUACUCUGCGAGCUGCAUAUCCUAAUUUAGUGAGGAAGGAGAUGCUCCUAAGUCAAGAUGAUUUAAGGCCUUUCCAAAACCACUCAACUCAGAUGGCUGCAUUGGAUUACAUGGUCUCUGCUGCCAGUGAUGUUUUUAUUCCCAGUUAUGAUGGGAAUAUGGCGAAAGUUGUCGAGGGACACCGCAGGUACUUGGGUUUUAGAAGGACCAUCCAGUUGGAUCGGAAGGAGUUGGUGGAGCUGCUAGAUUUGCACCAGAAUAACACUCUCUCGUGGGAUGAAUUCUCAGAUGCUGUGAGGCACGUUCAUGAGCAUCGAAUGGGUCAACCCACGAUUAGGCAGGUGAUACCUGACCGGCCUAAGGAAGAGGAUUACUUCUAUUCUAAUCCUCAGGAAUGCCUUGGACCCUGGCAACCUCAAUCUGAAGCCAGUAUCAUCUGAGGCUAUUUGGUGUCACACCUGGUUUAUUCAGUUUGCAGCCCUCACUUUUUGAUGCCAGAGCUUGGUUUAAGCUGCUGCUUCCAUGUACAAAGAAAGAGAGAUACAGAAAAAAGGGGUGGAGUUUUGUAUCCCAUUGUCAAGUGACUGUAAGGAGAAAAAAUUUCUUUGAAGAAAGAAAGAGGUAAAUAAUGAAGAAUUCACUAACCUAAGCUCAAAACCGGAUUUGAAUUCUCUAAAAGAGCCAUGAUUCUCAAUUACAGUCAUAAUGACUUCUAUAGGUUAUUCGCGAGCUGAUGGAGAAGCUUGGUUAAAAUUUGCUCCCUGUUUUCCACGAGUCUUUCGUGAAUUGCAAUUUUCUUCUUUUUUAUGGUUAGAAUAGAGCUUUAAAAGAUCUUCAUUGUGUUAAUUAGUUCCAUCGUGGUUGUUUGACAGUGAUCCGGAUCUCUGAUAAGGCAAUUGCUCAAUAAAUAUACCGCUAACCUUCUGACA